CUAAAAGUGGAAAGCUACUGACAUUUUUGGGCAAUGAAUCUAACACCUGACAGACAAGGAUAUCUUGGUGACAUUAUGACUAAAUCUAUUCCUCAACUUCUAGAACUGUUAGAUAGGCAGAAACUUUUAUUAUCAAAAAGAAAAUUUAUAGAAAGUUUACCUGACAAAGGAGAAAAGACAAAAAAAUUUGCAGAGUAUAUUCAAGAACUUAUAAACUUAAAACAAAAAAACUCUAUGCCUGAACAGAAAAAAGAUGUACCAGUUUUUUCAAGAGUUGUACAAACAUCUUUAGUCGAAAAUCUAAAAGUUGAGGGCCAUCCAGAGAGUUCUUCAUUAAAUUCACUUUCUUAUAACUUUGUGAAAAAUACUGGCCGAAAAAACGAUGAUGAAAGCUUAAAAAAUUCUAAACAAUUGGAUGAAGAAAAUCCUAGCAUACUUAAAAAUGAGCAUAAUUGGGACAAAUCUAUUUCAGAAGCCAUUGAUCUGGCAGAUAGUCUUGAGAAAAUGUCUAUAGAUAACUAUGGUGAUGGAAAAUGUAAGGAAACAGUGUCACACUUUAAUAGCUAUGAAAGGAUCAUGAGCAGGCUACAUGAAGAAAGACCAAUAAAGCCAAAAUUUUUACCUAACAGGUCACUUAAACACACAGAUAUUCCAAAGUCACAAGAUCAUAAAAUAGAGAGAUCAAAACCUCAGAGAGAAGAAGAAUCAGCUGUUAGACCACCACCUCAUAAAUUUCAAGAAACAAAACUUAUAAGUAUUGAAGAAUCUGUUGAACUUAUCGAAUUGCAGAGGGCCAAGAAUGAGAAAAUAGCUGCUGAAUGGGCAGCUAGAAAACUUUCUGAACAGUUGGUGCCUAAAAUGUCGACUUAUCUACCCACACACAUUGACAUUGAGUACAGGCAUACAGGAAUCAGAGAUGAAGAGAAAGACAGUGAUGAUGAAGAAAGCCAAGAUGAAAAUGAUUAAACUUAGUGACUGCA